GUGACUACACUUGAGAUGAUCACUGUUCAGUUGCAGUUAGAGCGAGGUAGACGUGUGAUCAUCAAUAUGUUCAGGUUUCUGGUUGUAUCGUUAGUGGCUGGUGCUAUGGCCAUGCCUAAUCAGAGUACGGAGACGCCCGCGGAGGCUGUUCGUGUGAGCAAAAAGGACUGUUCAAGUGGUAUCUUCAGCCCUACGUGCCUUAAACUUGGAGUUUUGAGUUUGGUGGAGAAGCUGAGUAAUAAGGAUGAGGUGGCUUUGGUGCCGGGAGUGAGUUUGGUGAAGGAUCGUGAUGCGAAGACUGAGGCUGUUGACUUCGCGAGGGCGCUGUCUUCGGAGCCAGAAGAGCGUUUGGACAAGUACCUUCUGUUCCACGUCGGGACUUUCUUGGACACACAUUCUGUGAAGCUGAGGUUGCUGGACGAAUCUGCUGUGGAAGAAGCCAGGAGUAUGAUGAGCGAGGGUCGAGUGAAGAACCCAUUGAGCAUGGGAGGAAAGAAAGGAGGCAUGGGAGGACUGAUCGCCAUGGCUAUGAUGAUGAAGGGUACUCUCAUGUCGAUCGGUCUUGGCGCGCUCGCUUUACUCGCUGGCAAGGCCCUCAUGACUGCAAUGAUGUCUCUCCUGCUCUCUGCCAUCAUCGGCAUCAAAUCCCUCACCGGUGGGCAGAAAUCAACCACGUAUGAGAUUGUAUCUAAGCCUAUAUACAGCCACAGCCAUUCCCACUCCACGGCACAUGAGGAUGUUGGAGGAUAUGGGCAUUCAGGGUAUGGCAGGAGCCUUAAUUACAACACAGCCGAUCGACGAAAUGUGUUCAGCUUACCUUUACCAAUAAAGUAUAGUGAUAAAUACAGUGACAAAAUGUGUAGCAAAUAUGUGGUGCUCUCGCUCGUUGUGGUUUUGUGUUAUGUGUACGAUACAAGUGGACUUAUAGAAGAUGGGGGUGACCAUAACACCCUCACGGUUGAACCUGAAAAGAGUCAACCCAACGCAACGGAAAGAACUGGACGAUUUCUGCAGAAGGAGUGCAGCAAUAUGUUCAGUUCUAAGUGCUUGAAACUCCACGUGCUGUCCUUCUUGGAGGAUUUGAGCUCUCGCGAUGAGCUCGCCCUCUUCCCAGGAUUAAGCAUCGUGAAGGAGAACGUGUCAGGAGUAUUGAGUCCCGAAGAAAUGGCUGCGGAACUUUCGAGGCAAUUUCCUGGGAAGCCAGAAGAGAAAUUGAAUAGGUACUUGCUGUACCGCCUCCAGAAUUAUCUGGAUGGUCACUCCUUGAAGUAUAAGCUGUUGGAUCCUCAGACGACUAAGGAGGCCAUGGAGAUGACGAAGGGUGACCAAGCCAGCGCUAGAGGAAAGGGCGGCGGCGGCGGCGGCGGUGGCGGUUUCGGCGGCGGCAAGGGUGGUGGUGGCGCCCUCUUGGCAUCUGCUUUGAUGAUGAAAGGUGCCCUUGGUGCAGCAGCCCUUGGAGCGCUGGCCCUUCUUGCAGGCAAGGCUUUGAUGACAGCUCUGAUGUCUCUCCUGCUCUCUGCCCUCGUAGGCCUCAAGGGCCACGGAGGCCACAAGUCUACAACCUACGAGAUCAUCACCAAGCCCGAAGUCUCCCACCACCACUCCCACAGCCAUGAAGAACACCAUGAGCAUGAGCAUGGUCACCAUGGAGGGUACAGGAGAGCGUAUGAUAUGAAUUACAACAGUUACAUGCCAUAUGAUACCACCUCUAGUUAGAAUUUGUUCAACAGUUCCACGCGUCACUAAAUGGCCGAUGUUUAAAGAUCGGCGCUUACAAGUGACAAGCAAACUUUUCUGAAUUCGUUAAAAAUCGCAUUUGAGCUUAAGCUACUACAACAUUAUAAGGAAGAAAUAUCGACAUAAACUACGCUUUUCUGAAUAGAAUUUUACAGUAGACAGAGUGAGGACCAAUAAAAAGAAGUUGAAAUUAGUAGGGUCGUGAGCAAGCAUUGCUUAUACUCUCUAUAAAACUUCCAGCCAUAAGCCUUACUCUUCAGUAAUAUUAUGGUCACCAUUGUCAUUAUUUUGUUUAUGUGAAAAAACUUGUAAUGGCAAAUCCAAAUAAGUUACAAUGUUCAUUGUUUAAACUUUGGUUAUCAUGACAGAAUGAUUUAAAUAGAUUUUU